AUGUGCCUGACGCCAGAUAUGGAGGUCACGCAACACAACCUGAACGAGCUGCGCCACUAUGUCCUCGAUCGGAAUGCUCAAUUCCCUCGUUGGGUUCUGGCCGGGCUCUAUGCCUUCGACCCCAUCGACUCGGGGGAGCUGCUUGAGCUGAAGCGCCAGGCCCGACAGCGCGCGGCACUGCUGGGGGCUGGUGACGCCGAGGAUGAGGCGGACCUCGCUUGGGUGAUCGCCGAGCCGCGGGAUGCGAGGUUCGGCGAGGUGGUGCCUGCUGAUACGGUGGAGGACCCGAAUCGUUGUGCCCACCUGCGGAGGAAGGGCAUCGUGAUGCUGGACGGGCAAGAGCGGAUGAUCGAGCUGAUCAGCCGCGAGGAGAGGGACGACUGGAUGAAGGAGCGCAAGGAGAGCUGCGUCGACAUCCGCUUGAACGGCGACCAGCGGACGAGGAUCGGCCGCAGGGACGUGGACUUCCGAGACGCCGUCGAGCAGAUGGAGGAGGUGGAGCUGGCCGACUACACCGACCUAGGGCCGCGCGCGAUGGGCGAGUUCGUCGCGUCGGUGGCCGUGGGCAGCGGGAACCUCACGAGUUACCAGGCCGAGUGGGAGCGCAUGAGCGGGGUCUUCUCGGGGGGUGCUCAGUGCCAUGAACACCGCUCGCUCCUGGAGAUUGCCCGCCGCGCUAUCUGCAUGGAUCAGCUCAACGUGAAGAACCUCCACUGCAUGGAGGCUCUGGUCAGGCGGGUCAUUCAGAUCGAGAUGGCAGUACAGCGUAAUCCACGGCAUCCAGACUUUUCUGGUCUUGAGGAUGCCGUCGGCGGGCCCACGGGCGCAUCGGGCUCUGCCGCCGUCCCGAGAUACACAGAGUUUGCGGUGGCCCGCCAGAAGGACCGUGCCAACAUUUUGAAGCAGAUGAGGUUACACAAAGAGGAGCUGGAGCGGGAGCGCCGUUCGGACGACGGGGGGAAGCGCAACCGGAAGGACAAGGAGAAGGACAAGGGCAAGAAGAAGAAGGGCGGCCCCCCGGGCGAAGCAGUGCAGCGUAGCGUGCUGGAGUCUGUUCAGGAGCGGAUCGACUUCUACGGGGACCCCUCGAGCGAAGCGGUGGACGGCGAGAGGUCCCUCCGGGAGAUCCUCAGAUCCACUGACCAGUAUGAACUGGAGCCGCAGCAUUUGGCGAGCUACGGCGUCUCGCGCCUCAGGGUGUGUAAAGGGGACAUCAACCCAGUUCCCGCGACGGACUUGCUACCCGCCGAGGCUGCAGGUUUUUUGAGACACUUCCAGAGCCAGAUCGAGCUCUCAGAGCCCGAGAUCGCCGAGCGUGUCCGAGAGGCCGGGGGUAUGCCCGAGCCGUACUGGGAUCCUCGGCUUCGCGGUGAUGCUGGGCUCCGACGUGACUUUUUUCGCCGACUUGCUAGGAUCGGCAUCGUGGGUUUCAGGCGGGCCAUCAAGUCCCGUUGCGGCGCGUUCUUCGCUCAUAAGAAGGACGGCAACAUCAGGUUUAUCUGCGACGCGAGGGAGAUGGGCAGCUGGUUCGGGUUCGACUCCGCGCCGACCAUCGAGGAUUGGGACAUGGGCAUCACGCGCGUGUGGGGCGACGACGUGGGGGGCUGGACUCCCGCCCGGCCUCUGGCCGCCGUGUACGUGGACAACUUCACAGGCGUGGGGGGCUCGGCCGUCGACGCCGAGCAUGGGGUGCGGGCUUUCGAGGAGCGGGCUGCCGAGGCGGGGCUGGCCCUGCACGCCGCGGACGUAGCGGUGGAGGAGCUGGAGAGCCUGGGCCUGGUGCUGUGCGGGACCGACCGCCGCGUGCGCCAGAGGCCCAAGCGGGUCUGGCGCUUCUACUUCGCCACCAAGGCCCUGCUGAAGCGGGGCCACGCGACAGGGGCCGAGCUCCGCGUUUGGGCGGGGCACGCCGUGGCCCUCCUGGGGCUGCAGCCCUGCUUGCUGUCCAUCCUGCAGAGCGUCUACCACUUCAUCGGCGACGGCAGCCGGCGGCGGGCGGCGUUUCCUGCGCCAGUCCGCGGGGAGCUUCGCAUGGCCGCCAUUGCCUGCUUUUUGACCGAAGUCGAUCUGAGUGCGCCCCUCGCCGACGAGGUCCGCGUUUCGGAUUCGUCGUCCUCCGGUUUCUGCCUGAUGUACGGGCGGAAGCCGCUUCGUGCUGUCUGGGGUGCGUAUCGCUGGCGGGAGCGCUGGCGAUUCGUGGAGGUGGAGGCCGACAGGAGUUCGGACGCCUACACGGCGGCGUACCUCAACCAGCUUCGCGGUGUCACCGACGGCUUCGGGGCCACGCUGGACGAGGGGGCCCACAAGCAUGCAGACGCCCGUGUCCGAGGCGGUCAGCCGGCAGGAGCCUGGCGCGAGACCGAGCUGGGGAAGCUCCUGUUUCGCCGCGCUGCUGUCGGCCGUGGCGCGCCGCGGCGCUGGGCUAGCCGUCCUGGUCUGACCCAGGAGGUGGAGCUGCUCAACGUCGUGCCUGCCUUGCCGACCGCCCUCGCCAGCGACCUCGGGUGGACUACUGCCGUCGAGGGUCGUUGGAAGUAUGACGAGCACAUCGACGUGAAGGAGGGCCGGAUCUGCGUGGCCGGCCUGAGGCGCUUUUGCCGGACACGCGCCCACCACGGGCACCGUGCCCUCAGCCUUUGCGACAAUCUUGUUUGCUGCUGCUGCUUCGACAAAGGCAGAGCUCGAUCGCACGUCCUCAAUUCGUUGUGCCGGAAGGCGGCCGCCUACAGCGUGGGCUGUCGUGUUCGAUGGCGGGUCAGACACGUCCCGACAGACCUGAAUGCGGCCGACGAGGGGUCGAGGAGGGGCCAGGCCCGCGACCCUGAGUGGCUGCUGCAGAAGAAGAGGGCCAAGGCCGCCAGCCGGCGUCGCCGAGCUCAGGACAGCGGGCGUUCGAGGGCGCAGUUCAUGAGGGAGCUGUCCGUCGCAGAGUCCACUCGGGGGCUGUACACCGCGGCGCUGGAGGACUUCGAGACGCGGCGCGUCGAGGUCGGUCGUCAGACCAACAAUGCAAAAGAUGCCGAUGAGAAUAUGGUGCACUGGUUUACACAGAUGUUCUUCGGUGGCAUGGGUCCUGGGACGGGCCGUAACGGCUUGUUCGGUUGGAUCCUGCUGCGAGGGGAACCUUUUCAAGACGGACGUCAGUUGCUCCCGCGGGCUCGAAGACAGUUGAAAGCGUGGGGGCGGACAGAUCCUGGGCUUGUCGGCCUACCCUAUCCGCUCAUACUGAUCUGGGCCUUCGCGCUGGACCUGCUGAAUCACGGGGUGGUGCGCAUGGCCGCCUGCGCGGUGCUUCAGACCGAUCUGCACUCGAGGCCUUCGGAGACCCUGAAGCUCUCAGAGGCCGACAUUCUCCGUAGCCAGCCCGCGGCAGGCCGUGCCUUUGCCGGCCGCUGGGCAGUGGUCUUUGCGCCGUCCGAAUCCGGACGGAGGACCAAGACUGGCCAGACAGAUGACACCGUCGAUGUCGGAGUGUGCGGCCGUGAGUGGGUCCGAGACGUUGCGGCCGCGCUCGAAGAUUCAGUCCACGCUGGUGAGCGCGUGUUCGAUUUCGAUCUUGCCGCCUACGAGAGGGAGUUCAAAGCCUCCUUGAUAAGGUUGAAGCUCCAGGCCGUGGGCGGCUCGCCGCAUUGGUUGCGCCACUCGGGCCCGUCCAACGAUCGGUUUGAAAG